GUUUAUAAAAACUUGCACUUUGAAACCUGUUUUCAAAAGUUUGCAUUUUUAGACUCCCAAAAUGCUGUUGUCAUGUAAAUGAUUGGCCAAAACACAAGGUUUCCAUUUUUAGUUUUAGAAAACCGUGUCAUGUAAACACCCCGAGAAUGUAAUCAUUUUAUGCAAAUACCCUGCUAACAUUAUUGUACUUUUUUAAGUACCUGCGGAAUGAAAGGAUACAGAGCAUUUCAGGCUUAUUCAUACACAAUGACAAUACCAACAUGCUGCAAAUAAACAGGGAAUCAGUGUUGAUGGACACACUUGAGUAUCUGAGACAAAACAUCCACUCAUAUUUCCAUCCAUUGAAGGUGACGUUUAUUGGGGAGAAUGGAAGCGAUAUAAGGGGUUUAUCGGCAGAAUUUUUCUCCCUCCUUUCCCAAUCUAUUCUGAAAUGGGAGAAGAAGGUGCUGGAAGUCCAAGAGAAUUCACUUGUUUGGUUCAAUCCUGAUGGCAUGCAAGCUAAUAGAGAUUUUUACUAUCUUGGUGUUAUUUGUGGAAUGGCGCUCUACAACCGUCAUUAUAUAAACAUUGACUUCCCACUGGCCUUGUUCAAGAAACUCCUCCAGCAGAGUCCCACUCUGAAUGAUCUGGAGGAACUGUCUCCUGUGGAGGCCAGGUCAAAGGGCAAGAGCUCAUUCCAAAUGGAAAUCAGAUUCCAGUGACCAAAGCUAAUAGACUGGAGUAUGUGGAUUUGUAUGUAGACUUCAUUUUCAACAAGUCAGUAAAGAGUCAGUUUGAGCAUUUUUCA